AAAUGAACCAACUUUUCAUUCAUUUCUUUUUCUUUUACUACAAAAUCAAUUAAUCAAGUUGAUUAACUAUUAGUUUACCAUUUUACUAACUAACAUGUUGCCAAACUGAUUAGUUAAGUUAAUUAAUUCUUUGUAAAUUUGUAUCAUAAAAAAAAGUUUAAUUUUCUAAGUGUCACUGGUCCACAUUGACUCGCCCAUUUGGCCAAUUCUAUGAGAAUUUAUUUUUUCUAUUCUAUUAUUUUUUUUACUCUUUUCGAAUUUCAUAAAUAAUUCUUUUAAAUUGAUCGUUUGACUAAUCAACUAAUUGACAAUGGAUUCAACGGAACCUGAACCAGUACGAUUAACAUGGAAAGAAAAAUUGGAGUUGAUUAAAUUGCUUCGCAUUGAUAUUUACAUGAUGCUUUUUUUCAUCUCAUUCUCAAUAAGUGGUGUGAGUCUCAAUCAACUUGUCGAGGAUAAAAUUUGUCUCAACGAAUUAAAUCUUAAUCAGUCAAUUUGUCUCAAUUUGGAACACACCGAUGCCGACCAAGAAGAGGCCAAAAAUUAUGUCCUCUCAACGGCCGCUGUUUUCAAAAACUAUCAAACAAUAAUCUCCACGGUUCCCGGAAUGUUUUUAUCACUUUUCAUCGGCUAUUGGAUCGACACUUAUCCAAGUCAUCUGAAGUAUAUUCUUGCAGCUCCAGCAUUGGGAGGGACCAUUGGGUCACUAAUUGUCAUCUACAAUUGUCUACAUUUCAAAUUAGAUUUUAUGUUCAUGUUAAUAUCCGAUUUAAUCAGAGGGCUUAGUGGUGGAUUCGCAACAAUUUAUACUGGAGUUUAUACUUAUAUCACCAGGAAAACUCCGGCCAAGUUUCGAGCAAUAAGAUUUGCGAUUCUUGAAUUUUUCUCAUUCAUUGCAACACCGAUCUCUCUUUACCUGGGUGGUUAUAUCUUGACGACUGAUCCAUGGCUUGACAAUCAACCUCGAAAUUAUAUCAGCGUUUUCCUUGUAUCUGCGAUCUGUAGUACUCUUGCCUUUUUUUGGGUUCUCAUUUUCGUCCGAGAUGCCGAUUCAAAUGGACCCGAGUCAACUCUUUCGGACACUAAGCCUAAAAUUUUGAUUAUCAAUGAUGAAUCUUCAUUCAGUGGUUCAAUCGAUCAGGAAACGAUUGACCAGCCUGACAGGACAAUCACCGAUUCAGUAAUUACACAAAAUUCAUUACCACAGAAAGGAUGUUUCGGAAACUUUUGUCACGUCUUUGCCGAUAUUUUUAACAUUACCAAUGUGAUCAAUAUGUUCCGUACCUGUACACGGAAACGGGAAAAUGGCCUUCGUUGCCGUAUAUGGCAUAGUAUGCUUAUGUGUUCCGUUGCUCUACUUUCUUAUAUGGGUGACAGUGCAAUUGGUUUCCCGUUCGCACAAAAAGUUUACCACUGGGACGCUAAAUAUUAUUCAAACGUUUCGUCGGUCAUAAUUUUGAUUCCAUCAUUGGCAACAUCGGUUUUAAUUCCGAUUUUAAUAAAACGAUUCCAUUUCACCGAUACAAGUCUUGGUAUUAUCGGUGUUAUCUCAAUGAUAGCUGGUAUGAUAAUUCGUGGUGGAUUUUUAACCUCAACAGCCUAUUUCGUGGCCACUAUAGCGGGAAUGUUUUCCGGUCUCAUGCCAAUAUCGAUUCGAGCAUUUUUAUCUCGAAUGAUCAGUUUCGAUGAGAUUGGACAAGUUUUCUCACUUCUCUCAGCAAUUGAAUCUUGUGCUCCAGCAAUUUCAAGUCUCUUUUAUUCAACUGUAUUUAAAUUAACCAUCAGCACUUAUCCUGGAAUGGUUUACCUACUAGCGGCCAUUUUAUUGUUUUAUCCAUUUACAGUUAUGUUGUGGUUAGACUUGACCAAAGCCUCUUGGUAUGAUGCAAAUAAGACAACCAAGACUGACCAAUCAGAUGAUGAAAACCAAAGUGACCUACAAAUUGUUCAAUCUUCCCAACGAGAAAAUGAAUCACUUUAUGCCAUCGACAACGAUCUGGAACAAUUGAUCGACAAUUAACUUUAUCGAUAAAUUAUUGUAAUCAGUUAGACUAAUUUCUUUGUAUACAAACGGGUUAUACAACCAAAAUGAUUAACACGAUCGUAAAUUAACAGUACAAAAAGAUUAAUUUUAAAAGUAAAUAGAUUUUCAUUUUUGUCUUAAUUGUCAAGAUAAAUGUAGAAAUAAUUUUCUUUUCUCCAUUAGAUUUCCUUUGUAAUAAGAUUAAAUCCUUUUCCAACAAGAA